AUGUCUGAUAAUCUGGGCUGCAGUGGUAUUUAUGGCAAGUUGCUGGAGCAGCAAUAUGUUACCCUGCAGCCGCGAUUCCACCAGCUUCUUCCAAUCGAAAUCUUGGAAGAUAUCUGCAGCUUUCGGGCCGAUCUAUGCCGCGAUCCAUGGACCAAUACCCUCUGCGACUUUAUCUGGACUGCAUUGCCGAUCUGCAAAGCCAACCCACGUCAUUGGAGACGGAUAUCCCCAGCACAGUUGCUGCAAGCCUCGCCAGCUUUGGAUGAGGGGUGCGAUUCGAUUCCUAAGUUUGUAUUGCUAAGCGCUUCUAAGGGAUGCAUGUUGUAG